UCUCAUCUCAUUCACAUUCAUCUGUCAGCUUUUUGGCCCCUUUCUCUUGCAUCUUCCUUAAUCUCUCCUCCUUCGAACAACUUGAAUGAUAAAAAAUCAUUUCGCUGCUAUUGUUGUUGCGCUGCGGGUUCGCCAACGCUACCAUUUGAAACCGCCCACUUUAGCGUCCGCGCGGCAUUGAUCGGGUUGCCCCGUUCACCUGGUCUUGGGUUUUUCGAUCGCUAUCGGCAUAAACAAUCCAUUCCACCCCAUCUCACGCCCCUCCACAACGCCCUUUGAGACGUCUGCCUCGACAUACAGCGCAUCAUAAGUAUCCUCGACUUGGUUCCUCACACAAAAGUCCGAUCGCUCUAUCCUCUCUUUCGCUUCCGUACAAGGAAGCGCCCUUUGUCGUCAGGCACCGUUCCCCGUCUUCCUUCCUUCUCCUCUUCCUCCUCCCACAAUGAGAAUCGCACGGCCUUCUUUCAACCCCGGGAGGACGAAAAACCUCAUCCAUGGGUUCCAGGGGUUCAUCAUCUUCCUGGCGUGGGCCCUGACCAUCGCUGUUUUCACAAAAGGAGGUGGCAUUGAUGGGCGUUCCGCCUGGUACUUUGCUUUGUGCUGGUUCAGUAUCCCCGGCCUGAUCUACCUCGUGGCCGUGCCCAUGUGGCCCCGCGCGCGACGCUUCGGAAACGUUUAUGCCUUCGCAACCGUCGACUGCCUGUACGCCAUUCUGUGGUUCUCUGCCUGGGUUUGUGUGGCUAGCUAUGUGGCGGAGGGUAAGAGUAAGGGAAGUUCGGACUCUAGUUCCGACUCCAGUUCCAGCUCCAGCAGCAGUAGCUCGAGUUCGUCGAGCAGAAGGGAUACUAGCAGCAGCAGCAGCAAAAGCGGAUGCGAUAACUGGGCCUACGGAAGCGCAAGUAAAUGCAAGGUCAGCACAGCUACUGUGAUUCUGGGCGUUGUUGUCUUCCUGCUCUUCUGCGUCACUGCCUUCAUGUCCUUCCGCAAUGUCUCGCAUUUCCGCCGCACCGGAACCUUGCCCGACGCCGUCUCCGAUCCCACCUUUGCCGCGCAGACAAAGGCUGCCUUUUCCUCGAACCCUGCCCAUGAUUUCGAGGAGGAAGAAGACGACUUCCGCUCCCGUGCUGGUAUCGGCUCUUCUGUCCGUGGCGACAGGGACGAGGACUACGCUCUGCUGCAGCAGAGCGAGGUGGACGAGUUUGGAAACUCGCAUGCAGCACGCUCGGCGCUGUCGGGCACAUACGACCCGACGGUCUCUAGUGGAAGCGUGCUCCACGACUACAACACCAGCUAUGGCGGUGCGCACGGCCAACAUUACGGAGGAGCGUCCGAAUUCGGAUCCAGUGUUAGCGGCUAUGGACGCUGAGCGUGGCUAGCGGUGGUUUUCUGCGUUUAUCUCUUCGAAAUGACCAUGGAGCGGUGUUUGUGGGCGCACUCGUGCUGUAUUAUCUUUUUGAUUGACUUUUUGCGUGAAGUUUCAACUGCCCAUUUCUGUCUGCUGCUUCCACUGGUGAUGACUGUAUGCUGUGAUUGGACGGGACAAGUCCCUUACGUGUUCGCAUCGGACCUUAUGUCUGCAUGGUUAUUGAUGAUCUGGAUGACACUGUUGGACUAUGACAUAGAUAGCAUUGAGUGUAAAUGUAUAUGGCUACGCCAUUCUCC